GGAGGAGUGUCCAUGACCGGAGCCUGACGCGCCUACAGAGGGAGAAAGGAGGGGGAAUACCCGGCCCGGUCCAGAUCUCUCAGACCGAAGCGCUGGACAAGGGGCCGAUGGCUUCGGCGGCUGCAGCGGUGAUCCCGGACGGCCGGCGAUGGAGCAAAGGUCCGGGCUCCUCGUCGUCGCCGGUGACAACGGCCAUUUUCCUCUUCUUCUUCGUUGUCGUGGUCGGCGUCCUCGUGUCCGCCCGCUGGAUCACCACCACGACUCAUCUGUCGACCACCAAUCUGGAUCAGUGGAGCUCAAAGCUGGCUAUCUUAACCGCGACGCACACCACCUCCUCCAUCCCGGCCAUCCCCGCGGCACCGCCGCCGCCUCGGCCGACCUACUCCCUCUCCUGCCCGGCGCCGCCGCUUCACCGUGACCCGACCAUCCCCAGCAACAUCUCCCAGACCCUCGACCUCGUGCUCUCCCCCAACGCCUCCUCCGCCUCCACUUGCGCCGCCUUUCCCGACCCCCCGCCGCUCCCUGCCAACUCCAACGCCUCCUCCACCUGCCCCGCCUACUUCCGCUUCAUCCACGAGGACCUCCACCCAUGGCGCGCCGCUGGGGGCAUCACCCGCGCCAUGGUCGACCGCGCGCGCGCCACCGCCAACUUCCGCCUCGUCGUCAUCCGGGGCCGCGCGUACAUCGAGCGCAUCGCGCCGGCAUUCCAGACGCGCGACCUCUUCACCAUCUGGGGCAUUCUGCAGCUGCUCCGGCGCUACCCCGGCCGCGUCCCUGACCUCGACCUCAUGUUUGACUGCGUCGACUGGCCCGUCGUGCACGCCGACCAGUACCAGGGGGAGAACGCCACGCUAUUGCCGCCGCUCUUCAGGUACUGCGGCGACAACGAGACGCUAGAUGUUGUCUUCCCAGACUGGUCAUUCUGGGGCUGGCCUGAGAUCAACAUAAAACCGUGGGAUGCUCUGCAGAAGGAAUUGAAUGGUGGAAACAAGAGGGUGAAAUGGUUGGCUAGAGAACCUUAUGCUUAUUGGAAAGGGAAUCCAGAUGUUGCAGUUACAAGGCAGGAGCUUGUUAAGUGUAACGUCUCCAGUAAGCAUGAAUGGAAUGCAAGGAUUUACAAACAGGAUUGGCUCAAAGAGAUCAAGGCAGGAUACAAACAGUCAGAUUUGGCUAGUCAAUGCACUCAUAGGUACAAGAUUUAUAUUGAAGGAUCAGCAUGGUCAGUCAGUGAGAAGUAUAUUCUAGCUUGUGAUUCCAUGACACUAGUUGUUACACCAAAAUACUAUGAUUUUUAUUCAAGGGUGCUGAUGCCCAUGCAACAUUAUUGGCCAAUUUGGGAUGACAAUAAGUGUAGCUCCAUAAAGUUUGCUGUUGAUUGGGGCAACUCUCACAAGCAGAAGGCACAGAGGAUAGGAAAGCAAGGAAGCAACUUUAUUCAAAAAGAGCUCAGCAUGGAAUAUGUAUAUGAUUACAUGUUUCACCUCUUAACUGAGUAUGCCAAGCUCCUAAGGUUCAAGCCAAGAAAACCACCUGAAGCUAUUGAGGUCUGUCCUGAAUCUCUGGCUUGCCAAGCUAUAGGCCGCGAGAAGAAGUUCAUGGAGGACUCCAUGGUGAGAUCCGCCAGCGAUGCUGGCCCAUGUGACCUGCCUCCUCCUUUCAGUCCUGAGGAAUUCAAAGCACUGCGACGUAGGAGAGAGAAGGCAAUGAAGCGGAUCGAAACAUGGGUGCAAAAAACUUCGAGGCCCAUGGUUAGCAAGCCCUGAGAGAGCUUCAUGCUUUUCCCUCCCCAAUAGAUACAUACCCAAUUUUUGUCGUGCUAAUAACCCAAGGCAUUUCUUAUCUGUUUGAAUCAAAUGUGUGAUUCUGCAGAAGUUAUAGAUGGUUUCAGUUCUCCAGAUCUU